UGUCUUCUGGUUUUUAUAAUACUUUUUUCUUACUAGUCUCUUUUUACGGUUUCACUCUUUUCAACCCUUUCUCAGUCUUAUCCUUUCCUUCCCUUACAUAUCUUUUCUUACAAGAUAUGCUAAAGUCUAUUUCCUUUAUCUUAUUAUUAGUUUUUCAUAUAUCUUAUUUUACGUUGACCUCUUACUAUAUAUAUUUACUUUGAGUGGGUAGAGAAACACAAUCUCCUUUUUGCUUUCCUGUUUCUCUAAAUUAUGGCGGAUGAAUUAUGGGAUGAGUUACAAAAUUUGGCUAUGGGUAGAGAAGAUCCAGAAUUGUUUUUCCCUCAUGAGGCUUAUGCAGCUACGGUGGCUCGCAAUAGGCUAAGUUUGAUAGCUAGACCCCUUAACCCGAGAGCUCAAAACCUCUUUACUGUGAUCUCUUCGCUACCAAGAAUUUGGGGAUUUGCAGCAAGAGUCCAUGGAAGGGUUCUGGAUGAUACUUUUGUUCAGUUUCUAUUCCAAUCUGAGGUGGAUCUUAUUUCAGUUCAAAGAAGGAAACCAUGGAUAUUCAACAAUUGGUUUGUGGCUUUUCAGAGGUGGGAGGACCUUCCUGACUUUGAUUUCCUCACAACAAUAGAUAUCUGGGUUCAGAUGAGAGGAAUCCCUCUUCCUUAUGUUUGUGAAGAAACUGUAACACAAAUAGCUGAAGCGCUUGGUGAAGUGGUGGAAUUGGACUUUCAUGAUGCUAUUACUACUCAGGUAGCUUAUAUCAGAAUCAGAAUUAGAUUUGCCAUAACUGAUCGUCUAAGGUUCUUCCGAAGAGUUAGGUUUGAUUCUGGGGAGACUACAGUAAUCAGGUUUCAGUAUGAACGUCUAAGAAGAUUUUGUAGCAGGUGUUUGAGGUUCACUCAUCUCAGGAACUAUUGUCCUUUUCUCCAACCUCUACCUGUCACAAACACUGGUACUGCAGAUAAUUUGACUGAUGGGAGAGAAAGAUUUGCGUUGCAUGAUGAGCUCCAUAGGUCAGACAUGAAUUUGCAAGCUCAUAAUUCUGAUGAUUCCCUUCCGGUACCUAUCCGUCCACCUCCAAGAGUUGAUACGCCACCUCUGAACCCAGAUGAGAUUGCAGCUGCAAGUCCUUAUUUUCAUCCUUCAAGAGAUGAAAAGUUUCUGAAUUUUGCUGUACCAAUUCCUCAGACUCCUUGGAGACGCAAUCAAACAUCAAUAGGCUCUAAUAUAACUCCAAUAAGUGAGUAUGAGAUAACUUCCAGAGAUGCAAGGAAGUUUGAAGUUGGAGAAUGUUCCAGAAAGCAUGAUGAAGAUGAAUCUGGUAAGAAUUAUGAAAUGGAAGAGGAUUUAACGCGCAAAAUCUCAGCAGUUGAUAAGAAUGAGGAAGAACGAAGGAAGCAAAAGCAAAAGGUUCAUGAGCAUAAUGAGGGAGGGAUUCUGAAACCUCCAAAGAAACGUUAA